CCAUUGAUCAAUAUUUGGCUGUCUUGCUGCAACUUGCUGCAGUCUUUUAAAGGAGUAGUAGAGAGAGAGGGAGAGAGAAAGGGAAACUGACAGGAAGGGGUAAGGAGCUACACAUGUCACAUGUGCUUUCUAAGACGGCCAGGAGCAUCUGCAGGCUGGAUCUGGUGGAGGAUGCUGCGGCAGGUGAUACACAGAGGGCUCCAGUCGUUUUUCUACAAGCUGGGCUUAUUCGUGAGCAGGCAUCCGGUGUUUUUCCUCACUGUGCCCGCAGUCCUGACCAUCAUCUUCGGCUUCAGCCUGCUCAACCGCUUCCAGCCUGACACUGACCUGGAGAGCCUGGUAGCCCCCAGCCACAGCCUGGCCAAGAUCGAGAGGAGCUUAGCCAGCAGCCUUUUCUCCCUCGAUCAAUCCAAAAGCCAGCUCUAUUCGGACUUGCACACCCCGGGGAGGUAUGGCAGGGUGAUUCUCCUCUCCAAACCCGGAGGCAAUAUUUUGCAUCAGGCUGAUGUGAUCCUGCAGAUCCACCGAGCCGUGCUGGAAAUGAAGGUGAACUACAAAGGCUAUAAUUAUACUUUUUCCCAUCUGUGUGUGUUGAGAAAUCAGGAUAAGAAAUGCGUGCUGGAUGAUAUUAUUUCAGUGCUAGAGGAUCUGAGGCAGGCUGCCCUCUCCAAUAAGACAACAGCCAGGGUGCAAGUGAGCUAUCCCAACACUAAAUUAAAGGAUGGAAGGAGCAGUUUUAUUGGCCACCAGCUUGGAGGGGUCAUGGAAGUACCAAACAGCAAGGACCAGAGAGUCAAAUCAGCCAGAGCCAUCCAAAUCACUUACUACCUCCAAACGUAUGGCUCUGUCACCCAGGACCUCAUUGGGGAGAAGUGGGAGAGUGAAUUCUGUAAACUGAUGCACAAGAUGCAGCUGGAUCACCAAGAUCUGCAGCUCUACUCACUGGCGUCCUUUAGCCUCUGGAAGGACUUCCACCAGACCAGUCUCUUGGCCAGGGGCAAGAUUUUGGUGAGCCUGAUGCUGAUUCUCCUGACUGCUACCCUCUCGAGCUCCAUGAAGGACUGCCUGCGUAGCAAACCUUUCCUGGGACUCUUGGGAGUACUCACUAUCUGUAUUUCCAGUGUCACUGCGGCAGGGAUAUUUUUCAUUACUGAUGGAAAAUAUAAUUCUACUCUGUUGGGAAUCCCUUUCUUCGCUAUGGGUCAUGGAACCAAAGGAGUGUUUGAACUUCUUUCAGGAUGGCGUCGAACCAGAGAGAAUCUGCCAUUUAAGGACAGAGUAGCAGAUGCCUACUCAGAUGUCAUGGUCUCCUAUACAAUGACAAGCUCCUUGUAUUUCAUAGCCUUUGGCAUGGGUGCAAGCCCUUUCACCAACAUUGAAGCUGUAAAAGUCUUUUGCCAGAACAUGUGUGUCUCCAUCCUGUUGAACUACUUCUAUAUCUUCUCCUUUUUUGGUUCCUGCCUGGUCUUUGCAGGCCAGUUGGAGCAGAACCGUUAUCACAGCAUCUUCUGCUGUAAAAUUCCUUCAGCAGAAUACCUGGACCGGAAACCUGUGUGGUUCCAGACCAUGAUGAACGAUGGCCAUCAGCAUACUUCUCAUCAUGAGACCAACCCAUACCAGCAUCACUUUAUCCAGCAUUUCCUCCGAGAGCAUUACAAUGAGUGGAUUACCAAUAUCUAUGUCAAGCCAUUUGUGGUGAUACUGUAUCUCAUCUAUGCCUCUUUCUCCUUUAUGGGGUGCUUACAGAUUAAUGAUGGAGCCAACAUUAUUAACCUUCUUGCCAGUGAAUCUCCAAGCGUCUCCUAUGCCCUCAUACAGCAAAAGUAUUUCAGCAACUACAGCCCAGUGAUAGGUUUCUACAUUUACGAACCUUUGGACUACUGGAAUGGCACUGUGCAAGAAGACCUGAAAACACUAAGCCAGGGGUUCAAUACAGUGUCCUGGAUUGAACAGUAUUACCAAUACCUUCGAGUAGGUAACAUUAGUGCAACCAACAAAAGUGACUUUAUCAGCAUCCUCCAGAGCUCCUUUUUAAAAAAACCAGAAUUCCAGCACUUCAAAAAUGACAUCAUUUUCUCCAAAGCUGGAGAUGAGAACAACAUAAUUGCUUCUCGUUUGUACCUGGUGGCCAGGACUAGUGAAAACACACAGAGGGAGGCGGUAGAAUUGUUGGAGAAGCUGAGGCCACUCUCUCUUAUACAGAGCAUCAAGUUCAUUGUGUUCAAUCCUACCUUCGUUUUCAUGGACCACUAUGGUUUAUCAGUAACUAUGCCUGUCCUGAUUUCUGGCUUUGGCAUCCUGCUGGUGUUAAUAUUGACCUUUUUCCUGGUUAUCCAUCCUCUGGGAAAUUUCUGGUUAAUUCUCAGUGUCACCUCGAUAGAGCUGGGUGUCCUUGGCUUGAUGACCUUAUGGAAUGUAGACAUGGAUUGCAUUUCUAUACUGUGCCUUAUCUACACUUUGAAUUUUGCCAUAGAUCACUGUGCACCCCUGCUUUAUACAUUUGUACUAGCUACUGAGCACACCCGAACUCAGUGUAUAAAGAACUCCCUCCAAGAGCAUGGGACAGCCAUUUUGCAGAACGUUUCUUCUUUUCUUAUUGGGUUGGUCCCCCUUCUCUUUGUGCCUUCAAACUUGACCUUCACACUGUUCAAAUGCUUGCUGCUUGCCGGCAGUUGCACACUUCUGCACUGUUUUGUUAUUUUGCCCGUCUUUCUAACCUUUUUCCCACCUUCCAAAAAGCACCACAAGAAAAAGAAACGGGCCAAAAGGAAGGAACGAGAAGAGAUCGAAUGCAUAGAGAUUCAGGAGAAUCCUGAUCAUGUUACAGCAGUCUGA